UUAUAUAAAAGGGCUAGCAAUAAAAGGGCUUUAUCUUGAACGAGAAGAAAAUAAAAACUUAAGCUAGUUAACAGCAUGGGAUCAACGCUGAAGAAAGCUCCUAGUUUUGCUCUCAUACUCAGCUGUUUUAUCUUGAUAGCGGUUCUUUCUAUUCCACAAGGAGCAGUUGCACGGAAGUUGGCGGCCGAGGUUCACAAAGGUGGAAACGGGGAAGCUAACGGACAAAGUAAAUCCAGUGCUCACGGAAGUCACUCAAACACAGACCAAUCUGCGACCGGCCAAAGUACGCCGAAUUCAGCCAGUGCAGUAGCAUGUGGCAGAGGUAGAUCAUAUACUUCUUGUUUGCCUCAGAGACCGACAAGUAGUCCAAGAGAACCAGUUGGAGUUUAUAAUAGGGGAGCGUCACCGUGAUUCCUUAAUUAAUUAACCAGGCAGGCAAUCUGCUUCAAGGUCGGAAGCAAAAGGUUUUGUUAUUAUUUAUUACGCAAUAAUCAUGGAUCCAGCUAUCAUUUGAAAUCUCAUGCAAUUUUGUGUUUGCGUUUCAAAUGGCAAUAUAUAUAUAUAUAUGUUUACACAAGUGGAAUUAAUGCUAUCUAUUUGCAGUAAAAACGACAAAACAAGUUGAAUAUAUUACAGUGAUUUAUUGACUGAA